ACGCGAAUAGACCCAUCUACAUGACGCAUACACACUGUCACAACAUAACCUCGUUACUCUCGUUAGUAUGACAGCCGCAUGGUCCGUUGUUUAUCCGCGCCUGCUGCAAGGAAAAGUAGAGGAUGGAUCACGAGGACGAGUUUCUUAACGUCUUCUUCACGCAGGUCGCCCAAUUGUGCUCCGACAAGGCCAAGGAGACAGUUGAGAGAGAAAGGGAAUCGUGUAAGCAGAUGCAAAUGGGCCCGUGGGGAAUGCUGCUGCUGCAUUUGCCCCAGAUAGCCGUGGCGGAGCGCUCGUACGCGGAUUUGGGUUUCCUCAACGCUAAAAACAAAGGCUUCCUCAGGAAGGACAAUUCUCUGAAGACUGUCUACGAGUCGUUGAAGUCAGAUUUGAAGAGAUUAGAGGAAAUGACCAAGGGAACGAAUUCCAUCGGCGCGACGGUCGAAAAUGUUUCCAACCAGCUCUGCCAGUUCAUCACGACGAGGAUCCAGCUGAUAGACUUCUACGAAAAAAUGUACAACAUGAGUGUAAACAACAAAGUGAUGAAGCAUCAAGAGUUGCUGCAGUGCAUAGAGGGAAUAAUAACGAGCUACUUGUUAUCCUGUUCUCAUUUGGCGUUAACUGCUAUUAAGACAAGUUUAACAUUAGAAUGCGAAACGCUAGUACAAUUGAUGAAAGCACAAGUGGAGGUUCAAAACUGGAGAUUUCUACCGACCCUGAUGGCGCUGUACGGCGCGCAAACGCGAAUGUCAGCCUGGGAAAGAAUUCUGCAGAGCAAGGAGUCCUGGAAAUUAGGCUUCGGCGCGACGUUUCUCAAGGCGAAUCAACAGCCAGCGUUGUAUCAGUGGCUGGUGAAGCUUCGCAGUGCCAUAUUAGCCAAGUGCUCUCUGUAUUUCCAUACUACUUUAAGCCAACAAGCUAGUCCAGGGGAAAUGAGGAGUGUCAUGAGCAAGCAGAGUACAGAUUACUAUCACAAGAUACAGAGUUUUCGGCGAAAGUACGAUAUACUAGCGGUACUGAUAAUCUUCGACUCCAGAGAAACUGGAAAUUCAGGUUCGGGAUACAGGCAUCCUGGAAGGGGAGCAAACUCGUCCGAGAUUUUUCCCGUUGUUGUUUAUUGUCCCGGUACAUUCACGCAGAAAUCAUCGGUGCAUUUAGACAAUAUCCAGACCAAGAUAAAGGAACGGCAUGCUGAACUUCUCACUAUGGAGAAAGUGAUUUAUUAUAAAAGCACGAAGGACUCGUGUACGUAUUUUUUCCACAACAUUGACCCCACAAUGACUCUCGUAAUUGUUUUCGAAAACGGGAAACAGAAGGAUAAAGAAACCCACAUCACGUCGUUUAUGAUGGAUCUCUCUAUGCAAAUUAGAUGCAAUAAGGUUUAUGAAUAUCUCAAAUUAUCAAAAUGAGUAUCUGUGCGAAAACGAAUGUAUGAUAAUGUCGAAUUAUGCCAAAGACCUAACUAUAUUAUAGUAAAAAAUUUGUUAAUAUAAAUUUAUCGAUGCACAAUUAUAUAAAAUAAUAAAGAUAAAGUUUAUUA